ACAAUCCACGUGACUGCUUCAAGGUUCCUGGGACGAAAAUCCCAGGCUGCUCCUGUCUGCAAGUUUACGUCGAAUGCAGUGACGACAGAGCAACCUAGCUCCUUUGCCCCUCAAACGAACUCCAUCUCAAAUCCUCCAGCUCCCUUUUGGCUCCCUCCACUGUUACGGGGCUCCGGGUAAGAAGAGGAACCAUGUCUCGAGCUUCAAAGGUCACCCUUGGAGUCACCUCCCUUGUGACAGCGGGCAUUGUCUACUUCGUUCAUUGGUCACAGGAAUCGGAACGAUUGGCAAUGCAUGCCGGGGUUGAGCGAGAUAUGGAGCAGCAACGAAUCAAACGAGAACGACAGGCUGAUUUCGAGAUGCAGAGACGCCUUGAGGAGGAGUAUAAGAAGAUUCAAACCGUCUCAGACAGUGUUCCGCCGCUUAAUAUAGCCGGAAAUAAAGGCGCAAACCAGCAGACAUAGGAUUCUAGUAACAUAGAUCCUCCCGGGUACAUUGCGAGAUAGGUACGACAGGAUGUGAGAAUCAAUAAAGUGCUGGAUCUUCUCAGUCCUUCGAGCUGGUCUCCGUCCCACAAUGCCCGCGCAUCUUAGAUGGAUCGAUAACUAGUCGAGGUUGACGGGCAAGAGCAUUGGCUCACUCUCUGCGCUCGUUCCCAACGGACUCGAAGGAGCCACCUUGGCGCACGAUUGACAUGAUUUCGGGCCCUGUGCUAUCAACGAUCACCCAUACCACAGUGAUAUUGGUAUACCGACUCCCAACUGAUAUCUAAUCUCCACUUAGACAUUGUAUACAUAGAAUAAGAGAUCCAGCCUCUGUCACAUCUACGACUUUGCUGUUUAAUGGUAAUCCGGCACUGGGGUACACAUGUAUACGUCUCGACUACUCGUUUUCCCCUGGGAUAUAUGACGUGCUUGCUAACGCAGGGAAUAACACUCUGUAUGCUCCCUCACAUUCAAGUCACGGCUACAUAUGAGGUUCGAUUUUCCCAACACCAAUUGAGUAACCAGAAAGACACAGCAAUACUCCGUGCGAGGCGGACACAUAGCUCACCCCGUCGCGGACAAGGUUGAAAUGCGCAAUUCAAAUACUAAAUAUCGGUAUUGCUUUGAUUUAGCUCUAAUAUUGAGCAUCAACAUGCUGUAACCGUAAUCGUCGGCCCACGAGCACGUUCUCUGGGCCAGACAGGGAUGGCCGAUGUGACGCAGCACAUGUAAAGAGCCUUUGACGGAGCUGAUAGUUAUAGCGACUUCACUAUUAUUAUUAUUGACGCAGAUUCCUUAGCCUCCUUUUCGCCUGGCACAUCG